AUGAGAGAGUUUAUGUUAUUAAGCUUAUUUGUUAUAAGCUAUGUAGCGAGUACUGAUAUACGGGUAGAUCCUCUAGUGUUAAUUAAACAGGGACUGGUGAGAGGUCGAAGAGUUACUGAUGGUGAAUAUUCGGAAUUUUUAGGAAUUCCAUAUGCUAAUGUUGAUUUGGAAAAGCCAUUCGGGCCUUCUCAAGAAGUUUCUCAGUUCGAAGAGGAGGUAUUCCAUGCCUACGAUGGUUCAACGAAAUGCCCUCAAUCUUACAUUUUACCAAGUAGACAAGAUAGCGAAGAGACAUUAGACUGCCUAAAACUCAAUAUUUAUGUACCCUAUAAAGCUGGUUCAACUAAUCCACUUCCUGUGUUAGUAUUUAUUCAUGGUGGAGUGUUUGGCUUUGGGAGUGCUGGAGAAUAUCAAGUUAAAAAUUUAGUAAAGCAUGAUAUUAUAGUUGUCACAAUUAAUUAUCGAUUGGGGCCUUACGGAUUCAUGUGUCUAGAUACUCCUUUAGUACCAGGUAAUCAGGGACUUAAAGAUCAGCACGCAGCAUUACUUUGGAUCCGAGGAAAUAUAGCGUCGUUUGGUGGCAACCCUUACAAUGUUACACUUUCAGGACAAAGUGCUGGUGCGUCUUCAACACUGUUACAUUUAUAUUCAUCGAAAGACAAAUUGUUCCACAAAAUUAUAGCUGAAAGUGGGACACCACAAAGCUACGGAAUGUUCGUUAAUGGAGAUAUAGAUGCAGCUACAAAAAUAGCACAACAUUUAGGGUUAAAUACAAGCGAUACUGAGGAAGCUAUAGAAUUUUUAACCAACACACCGCAUGCUUUGGUGACCGCAGCAGCUACAGUUUUAAAUUUACAACUCAGACCAUGCCUAGAAAAAUCAUUCAGUGGCGUUGAUAAUUUCAUAGAAACUGAUCCUUUUGCACUAUCUAACGAAAACAAAGUAAGAAACACACCGGUUCUAAUUGGCCAUACAAGCCAAGAAUUAGGUGCAGACAAUGAGGAUUAUUUUGAUAGUGAUCCUUUUUACACAAAAUUAGCCAAUAGCUUUAAUAUGAAUGAGGAACAAUUAAAUAAGGCUGCAUUGAGUAUCAGGCACUUCUAUAUAGGGGAUUCACCCGCAGAAGAAUUGCUUACAAGAAUGGCAGAUUUCGAAUCUGAUUUUGUGUUUAAUCAUCCAGUUCAAAGAACAAUUACUAAUUUAUUGACUGAGAAGGCUCAGGUUUACCAAUAUGUAUUUAGUUAUGUCGGUGAUUCUGACGCUGAAGGCGCAAGGCAUUCAGAUGAUAUAUUUUAUUUAUUUAAUUCAGCAAACGACGCACCAGUUACUGAUAAUGAUAAAUUAAUAAUUGAUCAAAUAACAACUAUAUGGACUAACUUUGUUAAAUAUGGGAAUCCCGCACCAAAGGCUACGGACCUUUUGCCAGUGACUUGGUCUCCGGUAACAGAAGACACAAGGCCGUAUGUGGUUAUUGACACCAACAUUCGGACUGAGAGCCGAAUAUACAACGACAGGAUGGCCUUCUGGGAUCUCUUUUAUAAUAUAUACGGGAAUUACAAUAAACUGUUAAGAAUUUGUUACAUAUAA